CUGGUCCAACUCGAUCGACCUUUACAGCCCAAGGCAAAAGAUCGAUCGCGACCCCAGAAGACCAAAAUACAGGUUCGCCGUUCACGUGCGAUCGACACGCGCGACAAUGAGCGUCGCCGGCUCACCCGACGCCGCCGGUACGCGGACCGUGUGCAUGGCGCUCAAGAUCCCGGCGACGACGGCCAGCGGGACCGGAACCAGGCCUACAUCGCGGCCCGGAGGUUCGCCGUGCUCGGCUACGAGUGGCAGAUCGACUACCACCCCAACAGUCGCUACCCCUACCACCGCCGUAAAAGCCGGGUCAAGCUCCGGGAUCCUAGCCGGACGCUCAGGCCCUUCCGGGAGGUGGCGGCCCAUUGCCCUGGGUCCAUGCAAGGGACAUCCCAGGAGGUCCUGCUCGUGUCCCGGGCCGCGCUGGAGGCGUCCGGCUACCUCCCGCGCGACGGCAACUGCUUCGUGCAGUGCAAGGCCGUGCUCUCCCGCGAGACGUACACGUAUGGUGGCGACGGAGCCGAGAUCGCCGCCCAUCCCCGUGACCUGGGCCAUGACCUUGGCGACCUCCUGCGGAGCCAGAAGGGCGCGGACGUCACCUUGUUCAUCGGCGCCGAGUCGUUCCGCGCGCACAGGUGCGUGCUCGCUGCGCGGUCGCCGGUCUUCGCGGCCGAGCUCGCCGGAAACCUGAUGAACGACGCGCACGAGGUAAAGGACACGGACGCGGACGCCUUCCGGGCCCUGCUCCGCUUCAUCUACACGGACGCGCUGCCUCCAGAGAUCGAGAAGAUGGGCCGCUGGCCGGAGACCAGGAAGGAGGACCAGGAGGCGGUGUCGAUGGCGCGUCGUUUGCUCGAGGCCGCCGACCGGUACGGCGUGGAACGGCUCAAGGUUAUCUGCGAGGAGAAGGUGUGCGCCAGUGUUGGCGUGGGCACCGUGGCGACCGAUCUGGUCCUGGCGGAGCGGCGUGGAUACAAGAAGCUCAAGGCCAGGUGCAUGGAGUUCCUGGUGGCCAGCCCGGCGGACAUGCUCGCGGUGGCGGCGGCCGGGGGGUGUAAGCUUCUCGAGGCGACCUGCCCCUCGGUUUUGACUGAGAUCCUCACGGCUGUCGCCGCUAGGAGCUGCCAACUCGCACUGGGAGGUGGUGCACUUAGUUAGCUGUAUUGGGUGCAAAUUGUGAGAGCGUGGGGG